AUGGCCUCUACCUCUGCUUCUCUCGAACAAACUGUGUUGGACAAUCACUCCAUGCCUACUAACUGUAACAAGUCUGAAAAUGAAAAAUCUGUAAGGUUUCUAAAUGAUAGGGUUAGUACUUUGAAAAAUAUUGAUGGCAAAACACAUAAAUCAAACACAAAGGCGUAUGCUAGUGAAGAGUCACCUACUAUGACAGCUUUGACUGCCAAGUUGGAGGCACUUGAUCUUCAUCAGUUGAUACCUUUGAUUGAUUCAAAUGAAACUACCCAUGAAAAUAUUAAACAAAGUAUGACCGAAUCAUGGAAAACCGAUAAAGGUUUGAAAACUUUUAUCAAGAACAUCGUACAAGAAGUGGUGGAGAAACGAUAUAUCAUUCAAAAAAACCUUAUAGAAGAAAUUCUUAUUAAAAGGACGAUUAUUAUUUUGACAAUGAUGCUGCUAGUCCUGCUGAAGGUUACUACCUUUCUCGUCGCCAAUAUGAACAACAACAACAAGAUAACCGGCCUCGCAAUAAUUAUAAUAAUGGGUAUAAUUACAAUCGUAAUUCGUAUAAUCAAUCAGGAAGACAACCUUCUUACAAUAGCUCGGGUUCGUAUAAUUAUAACGACAACGCUCAUCAGUCAAUCUACGGGAAAAUAUAAUUCUCAACCUUAUAAUGGAUACCAAAACUCACAUGGUCCUUCUUCGAAUCAAAACGCUUAUUCUCAUAAUAAUAACAGUAAUCCUCAAUCUUACCGUAAUAAGGAUAACUCACGACAAAAUAACAAUUACCAAAAUGGACCCCAACCGUCAAAAAACUAA